CCUGGACACCCGCGAGGCUGAAGACCAUUCCGUUCUCGACAAUGCACAGCAGGAUGUCGAGGCUAUGCCUUUGCAACUUGCAUUCUUGACCUACGAAACCCUUACCUCUCUCCUCUUUGCCCCCUGGCAUGCGUCACACGUAUCAAGACUUUUCGCCGCUGUUCGUGCCGCUUGUUGAUUUCGGAAACGCCUUGCUGGCUCGCCUCUUGAUAUAAUACCUCUCUACGCCUCCCUCAUUAGCACUCAUGUCUACGCCAAUCAAGGUCAUUAGCACUGUAUCAUAGUCGAAAUGUCCAACUGCAACUGCGAUAACAAUGCGUUAUCAGCCGGCCUAACCUUCUUCCCGCCUCUUAGGGAGCUUCAGCUAGACAUCGUCGGUUUCCUCGCCAUCCUCGGUGAAGGGUCGAUUCUUGCAAAUGCUCAAGUUUCUUCACUAUCAAAAUGGAUGUUUGUUCCCCGGCUUCUACCAGCUCCCCAAGCUCUGAUGCGGCCUACUCGACCUUCACGGCUUCAACAAAGUCAGGGCUUCGUGACAGCAGUCCACUCUGGGAAUAGUGCAAGUGCUAUCAAUCAUAUUGGUAACUUAGUCUUAGAUGCUGAAAGCAUGGAUGCCUUCUCGGUACGCUGCGUGUCCAUCGUCCGCGACCCGAACAAGCCAGACGUCAAAGCGAAAACUGCUGCCCCCCUCACAGUUGUGGCUGGCUUUGGUUGUAUCUUGUCUAUUGCCCUACUCGCUCUUGCUAUUUGGCAAGGCGAUGGUUGUGCCAUGCUCGCCGACAUCCUCCUAUCCUUUCUCUCAACCCUCAUCGGAUUUGGAAACAAAUGGUCGCUGCAGCUCCCGAAACGUAAACAAGUCCAUGGAAAAGUUCCACCAGGAGAUGUGGUCAUACGUUAUCCCAAAGGAAGUUUCCUGGUUGUGCAAUGCAGCGAGGAUGUGGCAAGAGAAUUGUAUUUUGCGCCGGAAACGAUCGAUUAUUGGAUACAGAAGCCACCUGUUUAUCGCUUGCUCUCCUUGGUUGGUACCACCAUGCUUAUGUUUGGGGUCAUAUUUCUGGGCAACUCUACACCGCAACUUCAGAUAGGGUUUGCCGCUGCAUACAUGAUACUUAACGCAGCGUACUGGAUCGUAGCUGCUUUACCCGCGAAAAUGCACUGGAACACCAGCACUUUCAGAAUCAAGCAGCAUCGCUUUGCCGACAGCAGUCCAGAUGCAGAAGAAGACAAACGUUUCGCGUCCAAGAGCAAAACAUUCACCCAAGCACUGUGGAAAGUCAUCGUAGUGACAAAGAGCUGGGACUGGGUACGUCGUGGUGGCGCGGCACCUCAAACCGCUGCCUGGGACGAGUGGCUACACGAUGCAACAGUGGCUGCCAAGACCACCGAUAGUUUCAAAGAUGAGAGAGGCAUCAUCAACUGGCAAAUUCCUGACCAUUUUGAUCCGCAAGUCCAUCUGGUUGACCUUAUCUCGAAACACGAGAACCAGGGCAAAACGACAAGUUACCAGGUACGCCAAUAAAUUUGACCUGGGUGCAACUGCUGUUGACUCUACAGCAAUCUGAAUCUCGAAUGAGCACAGAGAUCAACUCCCGGCUAGAGGAAAUCGAAGAAACAGGCCACCAUUUCUCCACCAACCAAAGACGCCAGGGCACCACCUUGGAAAUAAACAAGGACAAAUAAUUUUU